AUGACAGAACCCGCUCCCUGGCACGCCUCCUUCCCAAACCCCCGCACCUCAGACCCCGCGGCGCUUCCCCGCCCAACCCUCCGCCAAUGGCUCCAACAAGGUACGAAAACCCCCGGGUCUGAUUUCCUGCUCGUCGACCUCCGCAGGACAGAUCAGGAUGGAGGCACGAUAAGGGGCUCGCUGAAUCUGCCCGCGCAGAGCCUUUAUCCGACCUUGUCGACACUGUAUAGCCUUGUUCGCGCGGCGGGGGUGAAGGACGUGGUUUUCUAUUGUGGGUCCUGUGGUGGUCGCGGCACUCGCGCCGCUGGGUGGUUUGCGGACUAUCUUGCCGACCAGGGUGCGGAUGGUGAGGUGAAGAGUUGGAAAUUAGAGGGCGGAAUCAAGGGGUGGGUUAAUGAGGGAGAAGAUUAUACGGCGUUAAUGGAUGGGUUUGAUGGAGCUGUUUGGGCGAAAUAG